AUGAAUGAGACGGCGAACGAUAAUUUCCAAUACAUAUCCCAAUUAAUGGGUGUAUUGGCUUCCGAAUCAAGAUCAAACAGGCAAGAGACGGAUAAGAUAGAGUUACUUCUCAAAAGGGUCGCAAAACAAUCAUCGAUAUCAUAUGAAAAACUUGGCGAAGAAGUUACAUCAGAGACACUUGAUAAUUAUGAGAAGUUAUCGAUACCUACCAAAAUGGAUACUUUAAUAAAUGAAAACUAUGAUUUACUCUACCAGAUUGAACAACAGAGAUUUGUCAAUAAUAAAAUAUCAAUACUCAUACAAAGUAUAAUGGAACAUUUUGUGUCGAUCAAGAAUUUUAUAAAAGAACAGAAAUUUAUGAGAGAGCAAGAUCUAGAUAAUUUCAUCUAUGAAAACUUCGAGUCUCAGGCUGUGAUACUUAAUUCCCAUAUAGAUAUUUUAAGGGAAAAGAAGGAUAUAAGUGGGAAAAAUUUAUCUCGAAUAAUAGCACAACUUGAAAGUAUGUUUAAAAAUAUUGAUUGGUCCUUGAUUUCUAAAGAUAAACAUGAAUUUAAGCUAUUGUUGAGUCAAAUUCAAAAUUUAGAUGAAUCAUUCAAUAUAAAACUUUUGAGUAAAGAGGAUAUUACAGUUGCUAAAACAUACUGCAAGUAA